AUGGCCCUCGAGGACGCCGAGGACAGCGGCAACCGGCGGCCCUCCGUGUUCGACUCGUCCAGCAGGCCGCCCCGCAACUCGACGCGCGAGUCGCUGCGCCGCGGCCGCACGCCCUUCAAGACCAAGACGAAGCGCUCGGCGCUGCAGCAGUGCUGGGACGCGUACUGCACCACCAGCGGGCUGCACGGCGUGUCCUACUUCGUGGGCGACGACAAGUCGCGCUUCGAGCGGGUGCUGUGGAUGGUGUGCGUGGUGCUGUGCUUCGGCCUGUCCGGCCUGCAGAUCUACGAGGUGUACGCGCGCUGGGACUCGUCGCCGCCCAUCCUCUCCAUCUCGUCCUCCACGCCCGCGCGCGACGUGCCCUUCCCCGCCGUGUCCAUCUGCCCAAGAAACACGUCUUCCAAGUUUGGACUGAGCCUUUGCGGCCGAGGCCUGGCCCCGAAGGACUGCCUGCGGAAGUUGAUUUUGGCGACGCCGCCCCUCAAGGAGCUGGUGCAGGACCUGUCCUGGAACGGUGUCUCCCUGGACGGCGGCGCUAUGGCUCGCGUGCUGGCAGACGACGGCUUCUGCUACACGUUCAACAUGAUGGACCCCGCCGACAUCUUCACGGAGGCAGCGGAGCAGCACGUCAAAGCGUCUAGCAGGGUGCCGGCAGUGCACUGGAGUUUGGAGGGCGGCUACACGGCGCAGUCCUCGUGGACCACCUUCCCGCGCAGGGCCAUGGGCAGCACCAUCCGCAGCGGGCUGUACAUGACGCUGCGGGGCAAGGGGCUCGUCAAGGUGGUGCUGCACACUCCGCUGGACCUGCCCAUCGUGACCCUGUCCAGCGACUACGUGUUCCGCACCAAGGAGACCAAGCCGCACGUCAACAGCCCGCAGCUGGCCACCUUCUUCCCCUUCCCGGGCGAGGAGGCCGUGGUGACGGUGACGCCCACCAUGACGGCGGCCUCCUACACCUUGCUGGGCAUCGCGCCCGAGACGCGCAACUGCUACUUCCCCACCGAGCGCCGCCUCGCCUUCUUCACGGUGUACACGCAGAGGAACUGCGAGCUGGAGUGCCUGGCCAACAUGACCGCCCGCGUCUGCGGCUGCGCAGCCAUCUACAUGCCGCGAUCGAAGCAUCAGUCUGUGUGCCAGUCUCGCGCCUGCUACGAAACUGUUACGAAAGGAGACGACCACGCGGACUGCGGCUGCCUGCCCGAGUGCAGCUCCAUCGGCUACGACUCCCGAGUCUCUCACUACAGUUGGCAGCGCGAGCACGACCGGGUGGACGCGCAGACGGACGGGCUGGACCAAUGGACGGGGCUGUCUAGGAUUUCAAUCCAGAUCAAGGACACCACAUUCACAGCCGUCGAGCGCAGCCACUUGUACAGUCGCCCAGAGUUCUUGGCUGACGUUGGAGGACUACUCGGCAUCUUCAGCGGUUUCAGCAUCAUUUCCAUCGUGGAAGUUGUUUUUCACAUGCUCAUUCAGUGGUUCUGUUAUGUUUUCAAAUAAAAGCGAAAAGUUCACACUACAUGUUUAUGUACAAUUUUGUACGUGGUGAUGCACAAUUUUAAACUUGCGCGCCGUCGUGCAUAAAAUUGUGCGUGAAUUUGCAUAAAUUUAUGCAUCUUUACGCAUGAUAUAAUGCAAAUUCCAGGUAUGCACAAAAUCGUGCAAGUUUCACGUACAAAAUUCUACCUAAACAUUUAGUGUGUUGUUUUUCUCGAUCAUGUGUGAGACUUCGCAAUUUUACAUGGUGCCGAA